AUGGCAGAAAAGGAUAAAUCAAAAGUGAAUACUCAAACAAAAUACAUUCCGAAGGACGCUCAAGUGAUAAUGUCUAUCAUGAAAGAAGUGGGAAUAACCGACUAUGAACCUCGUAUAGUGAAUCAGCUUCUCGAAUUUACAUACAAGUACGUCACGUCGAUAUUAGAUGAUGCUCGUGUAUUCGCUAAUCAUGCAAAAAAGAAGACUAUAGACCUGGAUGAUGUGCGACUGGCAGUACAGAUGCAACUAGACAAGUCUUUUACCAGCCCACCACCUCGAGAGGUGCUCUUGGAAAUAGCCAGGGUGAAGAAUGUAAAUCCCUUACCACUUAUAAAACCCCAUUGUGGAUUAAGAUUGCCCCCUGACCGUUAUUGUUUAUCAUCUUGUAACUACCGCAUUAAGGCUACUGCCAAGAAAGUGGUUACAAAACCAUCAGUACCAGCACCAAUGCCAAUCAAGACUGUCACUACAGCCAAACCAUCUCCAAGCCAACAGAAUGUUGUUGUGAAGCGUACCCCUGGAGCCAUUGUUAAUGUUUCAUCAUCUAAGCCUAAUGUUAUUCCAAAACCUGUGCUGAAAUUUACAUCUAGCAGUAAAGUUGUUGCAAAACCAGCAGUUCGUGUAACAGCAGGACCAUCUUCACAAGGACCAGUCAAAAUGGAAGUAGAUGACCAAACAACACAGAAAAGAAAGCGAGAGGAUGAUGACUAUGACAUAUAA